AUGAAGGGACUUUUCAAAACUGCCGUCGCCGCGGCGGUUGUUGCCGGCGUUGUCGCUCAGCCCCAUAACCACGGUCACGCCCACCUCCACCGUCAUGCCCGCAAGCACAAUCAGUCGCCCGUUGAACUUGAGAAGCGCACCGACAAGACCGUCAUCAUCACCGAGGUUGUUGAGGGCCCCACCGUUGUCAAGUACGUUCUUGACGGCCAGGUCAUCCCCGAGGAGAAGGCUCAGGAGGGUAUCGCCGCCGGCCAGUUCGCUGUUGUUGGGUCGUCGAAGCCUUCCUUCAGCGCCCCUCCCCCUUCCGUCACCACCUCGAUCGUUCUCCCCGAGCAUGGUGGUCAGUUCUUCGAGAAGACCACCAGCGCCAAGCCCGAACCCACCACAACUUCAGAGGCUCCCAAGGUCAAGGCUACCGAGGAGCCGGAACCUGAGAAGGAAGAGGAGGAGGAGGAGGAGCCCGAGGUUCCCAAGGGAACCGGUCUGGACGCCGAAUUUCCCAGCGGCAAGAUUCGUUGCAGUGAGGUUCCUACCGACUAUGGUGCUGUCAAGAUUCCCUGGUCUACCACUCGCGGCUGGACCACUUUGGCCAGCUUUGGCGACUGGGUCAAGGGCAAGGCCGUUGACAACAUUGACCAGCCUGUUGAUGGCACCUGCGGGCCCAAGAUGAUGUGCUCUUAUGCCUGCCCUCCCGGUUACCAGAAGACCCAGUGGCCCGAGGAGCAGGGUGCCACCGGCCAGUCUGUCGGUGGCCUUUGGUGCAAUGCGGAUGGUUUCUUGGAGCUCACCCGCCCCUCCGUCAAGACUCUUUGCGAGGCUGGCGCCGGUGGUGUCUUUGUCCGCAACGAGCUCGAUGACAACGCUGCUGUUUGCCGUACCGACUAUCCUGGCAACGAGAACAUGAUCAUCCCCGUUGAUACUCAGCCCGGCGGAACCUAUCCUUUGACCAACCCCGACUCCAGGACCUACUACAAGUGGGAAGGCAAGCCCACCACGGCUCAAUACUACGUCAACAACGCCGGUGUCCCCGUUCAGGAGGCCUGCAAGUGGAAGAGCGAGAAGUACCCCGAUUCUGCCGGCAAUUGGUCCCCCACCAACAUCGGUGUCGGCAAGAGCUUGACGGGCGAGACCUUCCUUUCCGUCUUCCCCAACCUGCCUACCAGCCACGCCAUUCUCAACUUUGACAUCAAGGUUGAGGGUGACAUCUCUGGUACCUGCUGGCUCAAGGCCGGCACUUACUCUCAAGACAAGGGCUGCACCGUCGGUCUCAAGCCUGGCGGCACUGCUUACAUUGUUUUCAAGAAGCCCGGCAGCUUCCAGGUCUAA